AAAACUCAAGGUAGUCGGUCGGUCAGUUUAAAUAAUUGAAAACGAGAUCUAUCUGUGAACUUGAUUUUAAACUAAAUUACUUGUAUUUUAAUAAGCAUCUGAUUAUCGUCAUGAAAUCUAAUCGCAUAUUAAAUGUUUUAAUUUUUAUAUGCUUAUUAAGUGUUAUUAAUUGUGUGGAUUUCGGUUUUUCCAAUGUUUUUAAAUCGACGGUAGAUGUAACAUCGGGCGUGGCCAAAGAUGUGGCCAAUAAGUUGCCUACACCAAAGGGUCUAUUCGAGACGAGCAAACAGGUUAUAGCCGGCUAUCCAUUUGAGUUUGUCUCAUCCUCAAUUAAUAAAAUAUGUUCUUCGGCUCUUGCAUCACAGACCAUAACCCCCAAAUUCUCACCCGACAUCAAUAAAAUGCAAUUUCAGCUGAGAGCGGCCUGUGAAAGAUACAACUUCCCCCUAUUAAAAGCCAAUGAUAUGUGGACAAGUCCACAUUUUGAUCCCAGUAAAAAGGUAGUGAUAUUAGCUACAGGCUGGACCACCAAUGUAAAUGAUACGGAUACAAUUGAUGAGUUUGCCAAGGCCUACAAUUGUAGAGGUGAUGUUAAUUUUGUGGCUGUUGAUGCCGCCAGUUUUGUGGACACUUUGUAUACUUGGUCUGCCUUUAAUACCGAAGAUUUGGGCAUGCAUAUUGCUGUGGGUCUUCAGCAGUUAAUUAAAAUUGUGCCUUUGGAAAAAAUUCAUUUAAUUGGCCAUAGUUUGGGUGCUCAUAUUAUGGGAUCGGCUGGUCGCAAUUUCCAAUGGAUGACUGGUAAAUCUAUACCUCAUAUCACUGGCUUGGAUCCCGCUAAACCCUGUUUCAAUGAGGGUGAAUCUUUAUCGGGUCUGCUGAGAGGAGAUGCUGAUUUCAUUGAUGUUAUCCAUAGUAAUCCGGGGGUUUUGGGCAAACGUGAUCCCAUGGGUGAUAUAGAUUUCUAUCCGGGUGGUUUGGAUCCUUUACCCACCGGUUGUCUUAGUGUAGUUUGUGCUCAUGCCCGUGCCUGGGAAUAUUAUGCUGAGACCAUUUAUCCCGGAAAUGAGUAUAAUUUCAUAGGAGCCCGUUGCAGUUCUUUGACGCGCUUGCGUGAGGGUAAGUGUCCUAGUAAGGAGGUGCCCAUGGGUUAUGCUGUGCCCAGAGAUGUUAAGGGUAAUUACUUCAUGGAGGUUAAGGGUGACGCACCGUUUGGCUUGAAUGGCAGCAAACAUCGUUCGUUGAGCUUUGAAGAAUGUGGCAAAUGUGAGGAGAAGAAAAAUUAAGGAACUUUGGAGGAGAUUAUUUUUUAAAAUUCUAAAAUUUUGUGUUUAAUUUUGUUUAUUUUUAUUACAUUUUAUUAACAUUAACAUUGUUAUUACAUUUUAUGUGUGUAUUUGAGUUAAGUAAUAAGUUUUGUUGAUUUUCUAAAGACUAUUAUUAAAAGUUAUUAAAAUUGAA